AUGACGCGGCGGCUCAUCGCCUCCGGCCAGCGGCCGGCGACCGUCGGCACCUUUUUCUCGCUCGGCCACAGCACCAUUGUCAUUGUCACCUGCGUCGUGGUCGCGGCGACGAGUGGCGCGCUGCGCGACCGCUUCGACGGCUUCACGCGCAUCGGCAAUAUUGUCGGCACGUCAGUUAGCGCCGCGUUUCUGAUUGUGCUGUGCAUAGGCAACGGAUGGGUGCUCUACAAGCUCGUCAGGCGGCUGCAGCAGGUUCUGGCCGAGAGGCGCCGUGCGGAGGAAAUGGGAGAGUAUGGCGCGCCCGUGACCGAGUACGAUGCCGAGGCGACGGCCAGCGGGCAGUUUAAUCUUGAGGGUGCCGGCUUCAUGGGCAGGGUACUGGGUUUUCUCUUCAGAGCCAUCGAUAGGCCGUGGAAAAUGUACCCUUUAGGUGUCGUCUUUGGUCUCGGCUUUGACACGAGCUCUGAGAUUGCCAUUCUCGGAAUCGCCAGCAUUCAAGCUGUUCAGGGAACCAGCAUCUGGUUAAUUCUCAUUUUCCCCAUCUUAUUCACCUCCGGCAUGUGUCUAGUGGAUACUACAGACGGUGCACUCAUGAUGGCUCUGUACACGUCCAAGGCAUUCUCACGAGACGUCGUCGCCAUCUUGUACUACUCCAUCGUACUCACCGGCAUUACCGUCGUCGUAUCUGCUUUUAUCGGCAUUAUCCAGGUGCUGUCACUUGUCCAAAAUGUUGCCGAGCCCGAAGGGCGUUUUUGGGACGGCGUCUCCGCCAUAGGCGACAACUUUGAAAUAGUCGGUGGCAGUAUUGUCGGCGUAUUCGUCGUCGUAGGACUAGGAUCCAUUCUCAUCUAUCGACCUUGGAGACGGCGCAUGGAGCGUAAACGCCAAGGACUAGCCGCUUCUGCCGAUGCUAGAGCGAGAUAUGUUGAUGGUCCCGAGACACCACUUUCGCAAGAAGAAGAAGCAACGCCUCGUCAUCUAAUGGACUGA